AACCACCAGAUCCCACAGAGAAGGGAGCUUGCCAUUACCCCCACCCCCAAACCGCGACCACCCUGCCACCCUCCUGCCACCGAGGCCACGCGGGCAACAGGUUCAGGUACAGGUGUGAAGCGCGAGUGCUCUGUAACGACGGGGCUGUGCCCUGAAUUUCCAAGCAGCUAGCUUGUGCCAGGCAGUGUGGCUUAGUGGGAGGACUCAGUGGGCAGGGAAGCAGGAAGCCUGGGUUCUUAGUUCCUGUCCCUGCAAACUGACAUGUGUUGUGUAACCUUGGGUAAGUCAAUAAAGCUUGCUUAGUGUCCUCAUCGCUUAAGUAAAAAUAUGAACUGCCUUACCUUAUAGCCUUUGGAGUUAUAACUAGAGGAAUAAUUAAUAAAUGGGGAAGUGUUUUACAAAAACUUAAAGCGCUAUAGAAUUGCUGCACUACAAAAGUUAAAGACUUGCCUUUUCUUAACCCCAUUCAACUGGUUCCUCCAGUCUCCCCAGCCCCCAUCCCACCAAAUUCAAAACCUUUCAACUCACUCUAAGGAAUGCAGAGUCAUUAGUUCAGUAAUAGUUUUGUGGAGGCCUCACACAUUGAGAGAGAAAGGGUAAUGAAAUCUGUAGAAGUGUAAAUGACAUUUGACAUUUUAUCAGUGUGUGUCAUCUUGCAGUUUGCACAUAGGAGCUCAGUAAAUACUGGUGAUGGAUUGAUGAAAAGUUUUUUUUUUAAUUACUGUAGCUGUUGAUCUCACUCCUUUGCUACUAACGCCUCAUCUCCAAAGUAUCCAUGGUGAGACCACAACAUAUCAGAGGCCCCUAUCUCUGUGCGCCCAAGUCACCUCCUGUAGGUGCCCACUGGUUUCUUGAUGUCAGAUUUCUCCUGAGGUUAAGUGUCGACCCCUUGAACCCUGCCAUCUCCCAAUAUUGGAUUCUGCCUAAAAACAAUUUCCCUCAGCCCCCACUUUCAGAAUCUCCAGACUCAGUCUGUGUCUGGCUAUCUAAUUUACACAGAAAAAAUGUCCACUGGCCUAGCCUGUCCUCUUCUGAGACUAUUAGAACCACUUUAACUGGACAUCAUCUGGUUCUGUGAAGUAGCUCUUCCCUGGGCCCUGCUUGGUCAUUUCUGUUGAUGUGGGAAAUUCAUGUUAUUUUUCCAGUUUCCGCAAACCCUGGAAGACCAGUUUAAUAAACUAAGUUCAACAGAAAAAUGGACUAAAACCUGGAAUACCACUGCCACUUCCAAAGGCUAAGAUGGGGUGAAGAGAACAAUGGAUGUGGAAUCCACAGACCUGGGUUGAAUUCUCAGUUGUGCCACUUUUGAAAUGUGACCUUUGAGCAAACCAGGAAAUGUUUUGUGCCUCAGUUUCCUCUUCUGUAAAAACAAGAUUAUGGGGAUUAAAUCGAAUAGCUCCUUAUGGAAAUGACCACAGUCUAGGAUCUGGUGUCUUGGUUUUGUAGGGUUGGAACUCUGUUCAGCUAAUAAGCGACUGAGCAGCUGGCCUUGAGAUAAAUAAGCGCCUCAUCCUAUCGGAGCUCUGAUACUAGAAGUACUCUUAAACUCACAACAGGUAGCUCUCCUGACUAUUUGUAUCUUCUUCACGGAGAAAUCAAAUUCUUGUGUUCUAAUUCUGUAUAAGGUAUUAUAGCAACAACCAACAUUUAAUGGCUCAAUAUGUUCAAAGCACUUUUGACAAAUCAGUUCAUUUGACCCUCAUGUGAGGAUUAUGAUGAAAUAGCAAGAUGAUGAUCAUCAUCCCCCUUUUAUAGGUAUAGAAAUUGAGGUACAGAGAGAUUAAGUCACUUCUUCAUAGGAAGUAUCAUAGCUGAGUUCUGAACCUCUGCAACAUAGCUCUGCUGCCCCAGUUCGCAACUGCUACUCCAUGCCUCCUCCCAGCUACGUAGGGAGGCUUGACUCUCAAUCAGUAACCUAUCUCAGAAAUACAUUAUCUGAGUAGGUUUUUGAAAAUCAUUCCCUGGAGACCCCCUAAUACCAUAAUACUAUCUAUAAUCUCAAAUUCAAGUCUUUUGGGUGCCUUCUCUGACUUGGGUAGCCAGAAUUUUUUCAUUUUUAUUUUUUUUACUUUGGGCCUUUUUAUCCUAUAUUUUGAAGCCUAUCUUAAUCUUCAGGGCUGUAGCUCUUGCUUGCAACCAUAAAAAACCAAAACCAAACCAAGUGCCGUCGAGUCAAUUCCAACUCAUAGCGACCCUAUAGGACAGAGUAGAACUGCCCCAUAGAGUUUCCGAGGAGCGCCUGGGGGAUUUGAACUGCUGACCCUUUGGUUAGCAGCCGUAGCACUUAACCACUACGCCACUGGGGUUUAGGAGAACUUUAUUUGAGAGGCCAAAAUUACAGUUAAAAAGGUUUUUGGAAAUGGGGAAUCAAACACUAGGGUUCAGUUUUUUUAAGGAUAAUAGGUUACGAUAGAAGCUGUUGGUUCACCUUAAACCUUCUUUGAACAAAUCAAAGAAGGCAUUUUUCUCCUAGGGAUAGUGCUGAGUUGACACAGUUUGUCCAACACUCUUCUGCUUGAAACUACCAAAUUCUGAUUCCAUUGUUUUGCCAUAUACCUUUUUGUAAAAAAAUCCUUUUCUGAAAUGAAUGAUUAUGUUUAGGUAGAAUUUUCAUGCUUAUUUUUAGCCUUAGUCAUUCACCAUAGUUUGUUUAGUGACUAACAUGUAGUAGAUAUUCAAUAAAUGUUUGUGGCAUUAACUUAAAUUCCCAGUUUCUUCAUUUUGUGAUGGUUUUUAACAUUACAGUCUAGUUGAAACUUUCUGCUAAUGUCCAACACCAUUUCUAGGCUACAUUAUUUAUUUUGAGAUUACGUAUAUCGGUUUAUGUUAAUUUUCCUUAAAGUAAGCUCUUCCUCCUUGACCCUUGAUUUAUAAUCCUUUUAUUUAGUUUCUGGUCUCCGUCUUGGUUUACAGGGCUCUUUUUUUUUUUCUGAUGGAAUUAUGAAUUUUCCAGGUUGAAAAAGUCCUACCCCAUUUUUUCCAAUCACCUUAAAAUGCAAAUUAGCCAAAUUAGGCAAACAAGAUCAUAAUACAAAGACAGCAUUAGUACUUUUAUUUCUUUUAGUUAUAUCUAAGCAACCCUUUCCCCAGGCUAUCCCCUUCAAAAUUAACACAUUUGGAAGAAAAAUCAAAAAGCUAAAACAAUAAUCCCCCCAAAAGACAACAAAAUAGAAACCACAACCUUCCAAACAAAUAUUUUUAAUGCCAGAUGUUGAACAGUCAUAUUUAAAAAUUAGCCUCUGUUUAUAGCUUAACUAAGCUAGUUCAUUUAUUCAACAAAUAUUUAUUGAACACCUACUAGGCAGGAGAGAAAACUGACAAAACUGAAUAUGAUAGCGUCCUUGCUUUCAAGGAGCUCAAAUCAGUGAGGGGAAAUAGAUAUAUCUGUAACAGAGUGUGGGGAAAUAGAACUAUAAAUAACAUACUGUACUAGAGGGGCAAGGAAAGGAGACGAAGCCACCAGCUCUGCUUGGGGAUGUGGGGAAAAGCUUCACCAAAAAAAAAGGAGGUGAUAUUUGAGCUGGGCCUUGAAGGAUAAGUAGAUGUUCUCCAGGAAAAAAAGAGAGGAGCAUUUCUGGCAAAAAGAAGCACUUGAAGAGUGCUCAACUUUGGGGAAGCUAGGAGACCUUCAGGAUGACUGUUUACCAGUAGAUUAUACCUUGAUUCUGGGCCACUAAGGAUAAGUAAUAAAUGAAAAUUAAUCUUUCAGGAGUACAUAUGGAUUUUAGAAGUCUUGCAUUUCACACUGGGGAGUCAAGUUCAGUAAUCCCUAUUUAGAAAUACCAGCAUAAAGUUGAAAACCGAAGUAAAAACACAGGAGAUACGAAGUCAGCCUGGUUGUGAUAUCUGUUACCUUGCUGGUCACUAGGGUUAUUUGGACUGAUCUGGUGGGCUGGGCACCUUCUGUUCUCCAUGAACUUGCAUGCUUGUUUGAAGAAAUUGAACCAUUCUUUGGUAAAAAGCUAUAGGAGUAUGACUGGAAAGCUAAUAUAUGAAUUUUCUAUUUCAUUCAUUCAACAAACAUGAGCAACUGCUACGUGCUAGGUACUGUGCUGGGUGCUAGAAAUACUGUGGUGAGAAGACAGACACAGUCCCUGAACUCAUGGAGUUCACAUCUCGCUGUUAGUUCUUCACUCUGGUGUGCAUACUCUGAAGGCGUGUCAUCUAUAACUCAUGCUCUUAAAAUUGUUAAUAAUCCAGUUGCAUGAAAAGGAACAGCACGUUCAAGAUAUCAUUCCUAUAAAUAGCCACUUUAGAUGUGUUCAAGAAGCGGAAGAAACUCUUUUGAUUGACAUAGCUUCAAACAGUGGCUGCAAAAUUCGGGUUCAGGGGGACUGGACCAGAGAGCGCUGCUUUGAAAUCCCUAAUGAGGAACACUGCUCGAAGUUCCUCUCAGAGGUUCUUGCUGCUCAGGAAGCUCAGUUACAGCUUCUUGUUCCAGAGCAAAAGGACUCAUCCAGCUGGUACCAGAAAUUAGACACUAAAGACAAACCUGGGUUUUCAGGGCUUCUUGGAUUUGAGGAUAACUUUUCAUCUAUGAAUUUGGACAAGAAAAUCAGUUCACCAAAUCCACCUACAGGGACUCAUCGGGAGCCCCCACCCCCACCCACUUCUGUCAAUAGAAUGUUUCCACGUGAAAAAGAAGCCACUAACAAGGAGCAGCCCAAGGUAACCAACACCAUGCGGAAGCUCUUUGUACCAAGUAACCAGUCUGGGCAGCGGGAGGGUCUCAUCAAACAUCUCCUGGCAAAGCGUGAGAAAGAUUAUGUCAACAUUCAGACUUUCAGAUUUUUUGUUGGAACUUGGAACGUGAAUGGUCAGUCUCCAGAUAGCGGAUUAGAACCUUGGCUCAACUGUGAUUCGAAUCCUCCUGAUAUCUACUGCAUUGGAUUCCAAGAGCUGGACUUGAGCACAGAAGCCUUUUUCUAUUUUGAAUCCGUGAAGGAACAAGAGUGGUCCAUGGCUGUAGAAAGGGGUUUGCAUCCUAAAGCCAAAUAUAAGAAAGUUCAACUAGUCCGCCUUGUUGGGAUGAUGCUCCUUAUAUAUGCCAGAAAGGACCAGUGGCGGUAUAUCCGUGAUGUUACUACAGAAACAGUUGGAACUGGGAUCAUGGGGAAAAUGGGAAACAAAGGUGGAGUAGCUGUGAGAUUUGUAUUUCACAACACUACAUUUUGCAUUGUCAAUUCUCACCUGGCUGCUCACGUGGAGGACUUUGAGAGAAGAAAUCAAGAUUAUAAGGACAUUUGUGCGCGAAUGAGUUUUGUGGUCCCAAAUCAGACCCUCCCUCAGCUGAACAUCAUGAAACAUGAUGUUGUCAUUUGGUUGGGAGAUUUGAACUAUAGACUUUGCAUGCCUGAUGCCAAUGAGGUGAAAAGUCUUAUUAAUAAGAAUGACCUUCAGAGACUCUUGAAAUUUGACCAGUUAAAUAUUCAGCGUACACAGAAAAAAGCUUUUGCUGACUUCACAGAAGGCGAAAUUAAGUUUAUUCCCACUUAUAAGUAUGACUCUAAAACAGAUCGAUGGGAUUCCAGUGGGAAAUGUCGGGUCCCAGCUUGGUGUGACCGAAUUCUUUGGAGAGGAACAAAUGUUAAUCAGCUUCGUUACCGGAGUCACAUGGAACUGAAAACCAGUGACCACAAGCCUGUUAGCGCUCUCUUCCAUAUUGGGGUGAAGGUUGUGGAUGAACGGAGGUAUCGGAAAGUCUUUGAAGAUAUUGUACGCAUCAUGGACAGGAUGGAAAAUGACUUCCUUCCUUCCUUAGAACUCAGCAGGAGGGAGUUUGUGUUUGCGAAUGUGAAGUUCCGGCAACUACAGAAGGAGAAGUUCCACAUCAGCAACAACGGACAGGUCCCCUGCCAUUUUUCUUUCAUCCCUAAACUUAAUGACAGCCAGUACUGCAAGCCGUGGCUUCGGGCUGAACCUUUUGAGGGCUACUUGGAGCCAAAUGAGACAGUAGACAUUUCCCUUGAUGUGUAUGUCAGCAAAGACUCUGUGACCAUCCUGAACUCAGGGGAAGAUAAGAUCGAAGAUAUUCUUGUCCUUCACCUGGAUCGAGGCAAAGAUUACUUCUUGACCAUCAGUGGAAAUUACCUCCCAAGUUGCUUUGGUACAUCUUUAGAGGCUUUGUGCCGAAUGAAAAGACCAAUUCGAGAAGUUCCUGUUACUAAACUCAUAGACUUGGAAGAAGACAGCUUCCUAGAAAAGGAGAAAUCUCUUCUGCAGAUGGUUCCCUUGGAUGAAGGUGCCAGUGAGAGACCCCUUCAGGUCCCCAAGGAGAUCUGGCUUCUAGUCGAUCACUUGUUUAAAUAUGCCUGCCACCAGGAGGACCUGUUCCAGACCCCUGGAAUGCAGGAAGAGUUACAGCAGAUCAUUGACUGCCUGGAUACCAGCAUUCCUGAGACAAUCCCUGGCAGUAAUCACUCUGUGGCUGAAGCGCUGCUCAUUUUCCUGGAAGCCCUGCCAGAGCCAGUCAUCUGUUAUGAGCUGUAUCAGCGAUGCCUUGACUCUGCCCACGAUCCCCGGAUCUGCCGGCAGGUGAUUUCGCAGCUUCCAAGAUGCCAUAGAAACGUUUUCCGCUACUUGAUGGGUUUCCUUCGGGAACUCUUAAAAUUCUGUGAAUACAACAAUGUCAGUGCCAACAUGAUUGCCACUCUCUUCACUAGUCUUCUCCUAAGGCCUCCACCAAACCUUAUGGCAAGACAGACUCCGAGUGACCGCCAGCGUGCUAUCCAGUUCCUUCUGGGUUUCCUGCUUGGGAACGAUGAAGACUAAUUCUCUUCCUCUUAACAGUUCUCCAAGAUUCCAGAGCUGGAAGAUCUUGGGCUCCAAGUGUUUCUGAGUGGUUUGAAAAGUUGUGCCGCACGAAGGGUCUAUUGCAGUUUCAGGGCCGUUGUCAUAAAAAGGUUUUGUUUAUGAUGCAGAAGGAAGAGAGUUUCCCAAUCCCUCCUCUUCCCCUUUACCAUAUCCUACACAGCAAAAUACUUCUAGACUUAUAUUGCCAAGCCAAAGUUACCAUAUUUUGGUGUGUUUGUGUUUUCUCCUUAUAAGGCAAAGAGAUCUGUAUUUACACUCCUUUACCUAGGGAUAUGUUCGUUGCCCUCCUACCCAGUCGUCAUGAUUGUCCUUUAGCACCCUAGGUCUAGGUUCUGAGAUGUUCCCACUCUAGGCCUACAAGCACUACUUGUUGUAGUUCAGACUUGUCUGUAACCCUUCACCUAAAGCACUUUUGGCCUACUCCCUCUUCGUAUCACUCCUUUGCACUCCACUCCUCUAGAACUAUCACUUCGAAGGAAGUCCGGGUUAGGCUAGCAACCCCUUGGGUGUCUUCAACAGUGAGUUAACUGUCUACAUGUGGUUGUUAAUGCAUUUCUGCAUUUCUACUACAGUAGUGUCUUCAUAUGUCUGUAACAUUGGCCUUUUCAUGGGUCUGCACUGGGUGGAACCGCAUUCUCUUAGAUCACAUUUAGUAUCAUAACUUCAGGGACUAUUGCAGAUAACGUCCCAUUCAUCUGGGAGAAUCACAAGCAGAAUGAAAGCAUUUUGAGUAUUUCAGGAGUGACAGUAUUCACGUUUGACAAGUCCUGCUUCCUCCUGUCCUUUUCUUGUUAUUCUUUGGAUGAUAAAAAAAAAAAAUCCAAGUGUCCGUGGAAGCCACCGGCUCUUAGAAAUCCACCUCCAGAGCAACACUUGCACCAUAGUGAGCAAGGGAGUCCGUACCUCAUGCUGUUCUCUCAGAUACACUGCUCCUUCCCACAGCAGGGGUAUUGAGGCUAACCCUUCCAGCCCCCUCUGCAGUCUCAUUCCAAGGGGCAGAUGUAGCCCCCUCCCUCAGCAGAGUCAACUCUAGGCUCUACAGCCAGCUCCUGCAAGUAGAGGGUUUAUAGACUCCCCUUGACUCCCACAGUCACCUUGUCCAGCGCUGUGUAAAGAGACUAUGGACAAUGGGACCAACCAAGUACCUUACUCUCCCACCCGAGACAACCCUCUGUGCUUUGUAUUUAUUCAAGCUUGGAGGGGCAACCUUUAAAAAAAAUUAAUCUAUGUUGGUUGGCAAACAAGCCACCAGUGCAAAACUGCCUGAUACAAUUGGCUUCCUCCUAACUUUCUUCCAUUUAAACCACUCUGUUAACACUAAAUCUGAGGAGCAUAACGUCCAGGCUCUGGGCAUGGUCUCAGGCAUUGACUCCAUGACAUGACUCUUCCAAUACAUCUAAGGAGAGGGGCGUGGGGAACAGCACCACUGAAUGGCCCUCCGAUUCUCCCGUCUGUUGAAGGUUGGGUUCUUUGGGGGAAGAAAAGGUACGUAUCUUGGAAUAUACUAGUGAAACCCUUUCCUGAUUGGGAGUUGGGGAAAUAGCAAUCGUUACCAAAAGCCAAAUAGCCGAAGAUCUGAUAAGUCGGGGGAUAGGUGUUGAACUUAGUUACUGGAUGACUGAGAAGAGUUUUGUCAUCUCCACUAGGCCAGAAAGUGAUGAUUGCAGAGGCAGAUUAUAGGUGCUGGGUCAAUGUAGUGACACAAAGACAGGGAAAUGCCCCUUCUAGGCAUGUUUGCUGGUGUGCUACCAAACUGGGGUCUUUGAAUGACCAGAGGUGUGGCUAGCGGGGGCUGUGUGCAGCACGUGUGCAGCUGUCCUUCUUCGUAUGGCAAAAAACACUAAGUUGCUUUACCGCCUCCACCUUCUUCCCAGCUCUGGUCCUGGGAUGUCUACAGGAUUGAGGGUUUUAGACAAUCUCUGGGUAGGGGAGACGAGAUAGACCAGACAUAAGGAGUCUGCUUCCCUCCUGUGCCUAUUCCAGGACUCCAACCUCUAAUUCCUAAGUACCUCGAAUGGACUGUUUCAUAGCUCCUCUGACGUAGGCUUUCCCAUCCAACUGGUCGAGAAGGACUCUGCAUUGAUCGAUUUUAGGGAAGAGAUGGUUCAAAUCCUAGUGGUGAAGUUGCAUUAGUCUCCCUUUCACUGUUUUCUGGUUCUUAUUCUGUAAUUGUUUGUUAUAUUUCCCCCAAAUGUCUUGGUCACUAAGCAGAGCUGCUAGUGGGAUUCUGUAUUUUAGUGUCAUCUUUUUUUAUUAUAAUUUAUUGCAAAUUUUCUUCUGAAUAAAUGUAUGUUGUGUGGAAAAGUGUGGUUUUGGGUAGGGAAGAACUGAGGAGGGAGGCUUAUUUCACUGGGUCCCACUUGCCCUUGCUGUAGAGCCCAUCAGCCAUGCCUGUACUGUCAUUUCUGGCCCAUUACAGGGAAAUACCAUUUGCAAGCAAGAAUUUUC